CCAAGGGAGACUACUCUAAAUCAAGGUGUUCGCGAUCGCGAUCACGAUGAAUGCGAUCAAGUGCAUCUUCUUUAGUGAAUUCCAUCCAACUGCUGGUCCAAAGAUAACAUACCAGGUGCCAGAAGAUUUUAUGAGCAAAGAGGUGUUUGAUUCAGUACAUAUUUACAUCAUCACCAAACCGGAACUUCAGAACAGACUUAUCACUGUAAAUGCUUGGAAUCUGAAGAUAGUGGGCUGCCCUGUGUGUAUUGAUGACCCCAAGUACAAGAGGAAUGCUCUGAUGUUUAACCUGUGUUUUGUGUUUGACAAAGAUUCUCGCACUUGCAACUUUGGAUCAGUUGUAAAGAAACUAGCAGCUUACUUCACUCAACUUGAGCUUGAAAGUGGCUUCCUGUUCUAUGAGGAGAAGAGACAGCAGAUACCAAAGAUUAUAACAAGCAUCCUGACAGACCUCAACAAAUAUGGAAACUGUGCCAUCCCCAUCAGAGAGUCGUGUACUAUAUACCUGAAGGUGGCGCCAUGUAUAUCCGACCCUCCACUCGUGCAGGAUUACGAUGUGCCAAUACUGGUCCGAGACAGAGAGAGUGUCAUGGGAUUCCCCCUUGAUCUCACCACGCAACAGAUUCUGCACUAUGUCGAUGGCUACUCCCAUGUUGCCAGGAUUGCUGCGGAGGCUGAUGUCGAGAUCAACUUGGUCAAAGCCUGCCUCCAGAAUCUGAUACAUUAUACUGUGAUUAAAUUGAUAUCCAUUUUCCAGUAUUCAAAUGUAUACACAGUAACUCCAGAAAUCAACUCACUAUUUGAAAAUAAAGCUCUACAGAUGGAAUGUGUCCAAUUUGUUGCAAGAAAAGGUCACUCUCUGCCAGCGUUCUGCGAUGUGUUCAUGCUGUACUGUUCCUUCAGCCCAGGGACCACUGUCAAGGACAUCUGCAACAGGAUCGGCCCACACGCCCUCAAGGUGGACGAGAGGAAACUAGUUCAGUUUGGACUGAUGAAUGGCCUGAUUCGCCAUCUUCACAAGUACCCCGUCAAACUGCCAAACGAGCCUGGCCAGUCAUCUAGACUACAGCCCUUCUAUCAGUAUUUUAAUGGAGUCCAUAACACAGACGAAAUUUGCUGUCGGCAUGGUAUAAGUCAGCAGGAGCUCGAUGAGCGAAUGGAGAGUGACCCUAGCGUGGUGGUCUGUUGGAAGUGACCUGCUUGACCCAAGAUGGAGGAAGGAAAUCAGAAUACAAGCUGCCAGGUCUGGUAACAGACAGCAACAAUUGGGAUCACCUCAAACAUGUCAGUGCAUUCCAACUGAACCGUUUCAAGACCGGAGUCACUUGUCUGUCACUGUCAAGUGUUCUGACCCGGUGCUCUGUGUGUAAAUGUUGACAGCAUCUGAAAGUGCUCAAGAUGUUUUAUGUGUGUUAAUGACUGGUGCUACGGAACGCUGCAGAUGUUACCGUUUCUGGAGAUGUAAGUUGUGAAUGUAUUCAACAUCUUCCCGAGGCAAGAGAGUUAACUGACUUUAAAAGUCCAGUUUCCACCCUUGCUGAACUAGGCUGGAAUUACUGAGCUCGAUCAUAGCGCCACCAGUGGCUAUUACCAGUUA